AUGCAUUGGCUGUACAUCUUUCUUGUGCUGAUUUCGAUAGCUAUCGGGAUAUGGAUUGGAAGAAAAAUCAAAUUGUUUCAAACCUCGAAGACCAAAUCCCGCCAGUCUAAUGGACCGAAAGCCAAUCACCAUGGCAAGCCGACUAGUUCCGGUGUCUCAGAGGAAAAAAAGACGGCCAAGGAAAGCGCAUCGACGUCCAGCAAGUCCUCGUCAGCGAAAUCUUUGAAGUUUCAUGGCCUCAAGAAAAAGUUCAUCCGUCCAAAAGCGCACAUCACAAAGGGCGAACACAAGAAGUAA